AAGAGCCUGUACGCCUUGUGUGUGAAAAUUUCGCGCCGAUACCCGUUCAUUUACAAUAGGAAAUUGUGGAAAAGCUAUAAAAUUUUAUAAAUAUUAAUUAUUUUAUUUGAUAUAAGUACAAACUUAUGGUUUUAAUGAAAUUAAAAAUUUAGAUCAAUUGCACAAAUAAUCCAAAGUUAUAUUUUGAAGAGUGUGUUGGCGUCCUCUGCUUCCUCAAACAUAGCGUCGAAAAGAGCAGACAUCAGUGAAGCAGCAGAAAAUUGAGAUUGUGAUUUAACGCACGGUGCUACUCAUAUUACAAAAGUCAAUAGUGUGCAUUUUGGAAGAAAAGAUUUUAAUAAGCGGAGAAUGGCUCCGACUAAAAAACGCGAAAAGGAUACUGCAACAACAGCGCCGGUAGCUGCUGUAAGUACUGUUUCUAAUGGAAACAUAAAUGCUGGUAAUGGGGGUGGUCCAGCGUCGGCAACAGCUGCUACUGCUACUGCAGCUUCAAACAUAGUCACCGCAAAUACUGCAACUUCCAACGUCGAUAAUGUGAAGCUGAAUGGCCAUCAACAAGAACAAGAACUUUUUCUACAGGCUUUUGAGAAACCUACACAGAUUUAUCGUUUUUUACGCAAUCGUCAUGGAACCAGUCCAAUAUUUUUAAAUCGCACACUGAGUUACAUGAAGGAUCGCAUGUCACGCAAUAAUAAAAAGCGCACCUCAUUCAAAGUUAAUUCAAUCUUGCAACAUAUAACUCAAAAAACCGAAUCUGUAUCGAAUAAAUAUCUGAAUAUUAUGUAUAAUGGCUUGUUUGAUAAAAGCAGUUGUAGCGAUCAAUGGUGGAAUGCUGGUGAUGCCGUUUGUGUUGAAGCAACUCUGUAUAAAAUAACAAAGAACAAACGCAAAGAUAGUACCUCCGAUUUUCAAGAAAUAAUGAGCUACAGUUCAGAUGUUGUGUAUAAUCCACAUGAUGAUAUUAGCCGUUUCUCUGCUAUUAGCAUUCCGAUACAAUCAAUGCGUCCAUUGGGUGACCAACAUACAAUCUACAAACUUUUGUUUCGAAUUAAAGUCUUGCCGAAGGGUGAUAGCAAAUCAAAUGAUGAAAAUAUUGAAAAUGGAGAGACGCCUUGCAAACGCGGUAAAACCAGUACAAAAAUUUAUGGCUGCGAAUUAAUUGUAUUUGAAAAGAAUAUCUGCUUUAUACCAGAGGGGGAUUAUGAGGCAGCAAUGCAGGAACUUAAUUCGAUGAGCAUUAAAUCUUUUUCACCAAAGAAACGUACCUGGGAGACAUUGCCGGAUAACUACAUUCCACUCUCGAUGAAAUUUGAUGUAUUCAAUCAGUUCCCAACUCUUAAAUUUCGUUUAACAUGGUCAGCCAAUGAAAUGCCAAGCAGUAUUGAAGCAAAGGAUGUACAUCUUUAUGGUGAUUUUGCUGGUAUAAAAAAUGAUACAAAUGAUAAGCCGCAAAGCCUGUGUAACGGUAUUGAAAUGUCAUUAAAUGGUAGUGUCAAUCAGAAUGCCAAUAUGGAGGAACGGCAUGUAAAUCACAAUAAUAAUUGCGUUAAAGGCAAUGGUGGUGGUAGUGAUAGCAAGAAUGGUCUUGCUUUAGCUCCUGCAAAAGCAGAGAAAAUACAAAUAGUUUAUAAUUUUUUGUAUAGCAACAAUACGCGCCAACAAACUGAAUACACACAAGAGGUAAUAUGUCCAUGGUGUGGUCUGGACUGCUUGCGUUUGUAUGCGCUGUUGAAGCAUUUAAAAUUGUGUCAUGCGAGAUUUAAUUUCACCUAUCAACCGGCUGGCAGUGGUGCACGUAUCGAUGUUACAAUAAACGAUUCGUAUGAUGGUUCGUACGCCGGCUCACCAUAUGAUUUAGCUGGCCCAUCAGGCUGUUCAUUUGCACGUACUUGUGGUCCAGUGCGUCGCACAACGGUAACAAAUUUAUUAGUUUGCCGUCCGCGUAGGCAAAAAACUUGUCUGGAUGAGUUUUUGGAGCUGGAUGAAGAUGAUUUAAGCAAUCAGCGCCCAUACAUUACUGGUCAUAAUAGAUUAUAUCAUCAUACGGAGACUUGCCUGCCUGUACAUCCCAAAGAAUUAGAUAUCGAUUCAGAGGGCGAAAGUGAUCCACUUUGGUUGCGUCAAAAGACCAUACAAAUGAUUGACGAGUUCUCUGAUGUCAAUGAGGGCGAGAAAGAAUUGAUGAAACUUUGGAAUUUGCAUGUAAUGAAACAUGGCUACGUUGGGGACUGUCAAUUACCACUAGCUUGUGAGAUGUUUUUAGAUACGAAUGGCUAUGAGAUUAUACGUAAAAAUCUUUACCGCAACUUUAUCUUACAUAUGUGUUCACUAUUCGAUUAUGGUCUCGUCGCACCGGAAACUGUUUAUAAGACUGUUCAAAAACUCCAGGGAAUGCUAAGUAAAUAUCCCGAGGGUCAGGAGAUGAUGUCCAAACAACGUGAGUCACAAUUAAAAUAUUGGCUGGAUGUCGGCAUACAUAAGCAAGAUGAACAAAAGCUCAAAUCACCACAAAAACAACCAUCCGCCAUUUCUAAUAGUAGUGAUACAUUAAGCGCUGUUGUUGGUAACACACCGACAAGUGGUGGUAAAAAUUCAGAAAGUAAAUCAAUGCAACCACCCGCAAAACGUUCAGCUACCGCGGUCAAACGUGCCAGUAUGCAUCCUCAAAAUAGUCUCAAUGGUGUUGGCACGCCAGAAAAGCUGGCUAAUGGCAGCGGUAGUAAAGGUGUUGCUAAAAAAACCGCUGCCCAGAUAGAUGAUGAUCAAGAUGCACGAGCCAACGUCAGUGCAAGUAGUUUAAGCAGUAAUACAUCAGUAAUUGAUAAACGUGAACGACGUGGAGACACUAGUACUAGUAGUAGUAGUAGUAGAAGAAGCAGCACUACAUCGGCGACAGUGACAUCGACGACAAAUGAACGCGAUGCAAAGCAUGAAAGAAAAGAGGCACAAAAUACGGAGCGCUUACAACGCGGCAAUAGUGCGGCCGUUGUAAAUAAUGCAGCUGGCACUGAGUCGCGUGGUCAUGCUGCUAAAAGAAGAUUGUCCAUAAAAGAUCUACCACAACCCGCCAACAAACGCAGCCGGAAGUCGGAAGAUAACAACAACAGCAGCAGCGGUAAUGCGGCCGGUACAACAACACGCACAGCUGCACAACGACAAUCCACGGAGGGUGCGCACACCACUAACAAGUCAACGGUGAAUACUACAACAACAGCUGCCACCAAUAGUUUGACUGCCACACUGCCAAAACGUUUGGUAACCAGACGUCAAUCCGUUGCUGGUACUACCAAUCAUAAUCACAAUCACAACAACAACAACCACAACAACAAUAAUAAUAAUAGCAGUUAUAAUGCCACAGAAGCACCAUCACUGCCUAAAUCAUCUGCCAAAAAUUCCUUGAAUGCUAAUUUCUCACCAACAACAACGCCCGCUGCCAAUACCAACACCACCACCACCACCACCACCACACAUCAUUCGUUGCGUACACGCCUCUCGGUGCCGUUGACGAAAGCGGAUAAGCGUUAAGUGCUGAACAAAUACAACAAGCUAAAGGUGAAUAGUUGAGCUAGAAAUGUAUGUACAUGUGUAUGUAUGUAAGUACAUACUAUGUAUUAAGUACUUCUGUAGGUGGAAAGAGAGGGUAGAGUGUUUUUUUUUUUCUGAAAUGGAAAAAUGGGUGACGUGUGUGAUAUGCAGCGCCGUCAACGUCAGCGACGUUAUAUAAAAUCAAUUUAAACUCAAUUGUUCGUUACGUUAAUGUUAAGUUUUUUUUUAUUUUUAUUUAUUUUUUUUUAUUUAAUAUUAAUUUUUUUUAAAUCAUUUUUAAUUUUGUUUUACUGAAGUAGACUUAAAGAGAAAAGUUUAUAAAUCUCAGUACCGCAGUUGCUGAGUCAUUCGCAUACUUUUGUAAAUGUUUAUAAAAGAAAAAUUUUAUAUUUUUAUUAAUUAAAUAUAUAACUUUAAAACAUCUUUA